ACAAUUUCAGAAUCAAGUAAUGAGAAAAGAUACAGUCGCAAAGAGAAAGGUAAAGGAAAAAUGAUAUAUAGAGAUAACAGUACAGAGCGAGAAGACACAACGCAAAAAGAAACAACAAAAGAAGUUAGAAAUAGUAGUAUAAUUCCCAAGAUCAAAGCAGAAAAGGAGAUCAAAACUGAUAAUGUAAGUAAAGGAAGUGGAAAAAGAAGGUUCUCUGAAGACACCACAGAACAAGAAAAUCCAAGAAAGGAGACAAAGCAAAACCAAACUAUAGAGAAAUUGAAUAUUA